AUGAAAGAUAUUAGAGAAGUAGCUAAAAAAUAUUCAAAACUUCAACAAGAAUUAAAUAAUAGUUUGCAACCAGUAAAAGAGCUUUUAAAUAGUGUUUUUUCACUACAAAAUUUAAAAAAUGAAACAUUUACAAUAAUAAAUGCUGCAACAAUUGAAGAUAUUGAUCAACUAUUUGAUGCUAUUAUAAAAUUAGACCAAAUAAUACUAAAAACUGAUAAAGCUUGGAAAAUUGUUAAAAAUAAGACUAUAUUUAAAGAAUUUUUUAAAUAUUGUUAUCAAUCAAGAUAUUAUUCUUUUUCAAUUAAAAAAUGUGAAAAAGAAGAAUGUACUAUUUGCAAAUCUAUAUGGCUUUCACAAGAAAUUUUUAGUCAGAUUUAUCAUUUUUCUGAUUCAAUUUCUGGAAAAAAUAAUCAUUAUACUUCAUUAAAUGAAGUAUAUACACAAAGAGCUAAAAAUGUUGGUGUUACUAUUAUGUGUUCAGGAUAUACAGUUGAUUAUUCUUGUAGUUCACUAUUUAACAAUGCAGAAAACUUAUUUGGCAUAGCUCAAAGUUUUUCAUAUUCAUAUAGUAAUAGAACAAUUUCAAGAAUUAGUGAUAAAAUUGAAUCAAGUAAUAGUGAACAUAGAGAGAAAAAUUUCAAAAAUUUAUUAUUAAAUAAUAAUGAAUCAAAUAAUUUACAAUAUUCGAAUUCAAAAACUUGGGAAGAUAUCGAUGAAUUAGUAGAAUUAUCAGAUAAUAAAGAGAGUAAUGAACUUAUUAAAUUAUCAGAUGAUAAAGAAAGCAAUAAACUAGUAGAAUUUUCAGAUGAUAAAGAAAAUGAUAAUUAUUUAGAAACUAAAAGUCUGUUAAAUCUUGAAUUAUUAGAUGCUAAUAAAACAACAAUUAAACAGCUAUUUGAAAAGGUGUUUAUAAAUAAAGAUAGUAAUAUUAAUAUUCUAAUCCUAGCUACUCAAUAUCCAUUAUAUACUGAAUAUACACAAAAAGGUGUUAAAAUACUAACUUGUGGAAAAUCUUUGAAAUUUACUAUAUGUAUUUACAAAAACAAAAAAAAGUAA